UCUGACAGGAAGUUAGGUGGGAGAGUUCCUCAGUGAGGAGAUAAAGGAAGCAGCCGCUGACAGUUGGGGCUCUUCUGUGUCUCUGUGUCUGUUCAUCACUUUAAACUACCAUAGAAAAGGGACAAAUACAGAAGUGCCCGUGUCAGGAGUGGGAGGCCCUGUCUGGACCAGGACCCAUAGCAGGCCUUUGGCCUCCCACAGAGGACAGAACAGGCCCCUACCUUCUUCUCCUUCUUCCCCCAAGAUUUGAGGAGGGGGUGCACAAAGAGGAAGUCUCCCCUCCUUGGGGCUCCCACCUCCUGAGGGACUACUGGCCCAAGCAGAGGCCCUGGAGCCAGAGGGAAUGGCCCCCGGGACCCCGAGGCCCCCUUCCCAGGGGUCAAUAACAUUCAAGGAUGUGGCUGUGGACUUCACCCAGGAGGAGUGGUGCCUGUUGGACCCUUCUCAGAAAGAGCUGUACAGGGAGGUGAUGCUGGAGAAUGUGCAGAAUCUACUCUUCGUGGAGACUAAUUUUGAAGUGAAGGAGAUAUCUACAAAGCAGAGCCUUUUUGUAGAAGGAUCUGGCCCUCCAAGAGGCAAGAAUAAGGGUCCCUGUGACUUCCUUUUGAGAGAAAACUGUGACUCUAAUAUCAAGGUAAAUAAAAACCCAAAGAGUGACUGUGAAUUUAAUGAAGAUCCAGAGAAAUGCAGCCAACAUUCAGUCUUAAAUCAGUAUAGAAAACUGACCUCAGGAGAUGACUGUUGUCUUGAUAGUGAAUAUACCAAACGCUUUCCUGAAAAAGUAGGAUUUAAUCAGUCACAUGAGAAGCCUCCAGAAAUGCCCAUGUAUCAAGGUAACCUAGGGACAGUCACAUAUGACUCGAGUUUAGAGCUUGAAAGACAUUCAAAAAAUAAACAUGUAGAGAUGCCUUCUAUGAGUAAUAAAGGUGGGAGACCUUUCAGUCAGAACUCUGAGUUUGGUUCAUAUGAAAUAAUCCACUCUGGAGAGAGACAUCAACAUAAGGAACAUGGAAAAGGCUUCACACAGAGGGCUCAUCUUAUUAGACAUCAGAGAAUCCACACUAGAGAGAAACCUUGUGAAUGUUCACAGUGUGGAAAGCCUUUUGCAGAGAGUAGCUCUCUUACUGGACACAGUAAAGAGAAACCGUAUGAAUGUACACAGUGUGAAAAGGCCUUCACACAGAGACGUAAUCUUGCUGCACAUAAAAGAAUCCAUACUGGAGAGAAACUUUAUAAAUGUACACAGUGUGGAAAAGCUUUCACAGAGAGGAGUCACCUUGCUGCACAUAAGAGAAUCCACACUGGUGAGAAACCAUAUGAAUGUACACAGUGUGGAAAGGCUUUCACAGAGAGUGGCUCUCUUGCUAAACAUCAGAGAAUCCACACUGGAGAGAAACCUUAUCAAUGUCCACAGUGUGGAAAGACUUUCACAGAGAGUGGCUCUCUUGCUGCACAUCGGAGAAUCCACACUAGAGAGAAACCUUAUGAAUGUGCACAGUGUGGAAAGGCUUUCACACAGAGAGGUAAUCUUAUUAGACAUCAGAGAAUCCACAGUGGAGAGAAACCUUAUGAAUGUACACAGUGUGGAAAGGCUUUCACAUGGAGCGACCAACUUGUUACACAUCAGAGAAUCCAUUCUGGACAGAAACCUUAUCAAUGUACUCAGUGUGGAAAGGCUUUCACACGGAGGGAUAAUCUUGCUACACAUCAGAGAAUCCACUCUGGUCAGAAACCUUAUAAAUGUACACAGUGUGGAAAGGCUUUCACACACAGUGUGAGUCUUGCUGCACAUCAGAGGAUUCACACUAGAGAGAAACCUUAUGAAUGUACACAGUGUGGAAAGGCAUUCACAAUGAGCAAUAAUCUUCCUGAGCAUCAGAGAAUCCACACUGGAGAGAAACCUUAUGAAUGUACACAGUGUGGAAAGGCAUUCACAGAGAAGGGCUCUCUUGCUGCACAUCAGAGGAUUCACACUGGAGAGAAACCUUAUGAAUGUACACAGUGUGGAAAGGUUUUCACAUGGAGUGAUAAUCUUGCUGCACAUCAGAGAAUCCACACUGGAAAUAAACCAUAUGAAUGUAACCAAUGUGGAAAGGCUUUCACAGAGAAGGGCUCUCUUGCUGCACAUAAGAGAAUCCACACUGGUGAGAAACCUUAUGAAUGUACACAGUGUGGAAAGGCUUUCACAGAGAGUGGCUCUCUUGCUAAGCAUCAGAGAAUCCACAGUGGAGAGAAGCCUUAUGAAUGUCCACAGUGUGGAAAGACUUUCACAGAGAGUGGCUCUCUUGCUGCACAUCAGAGAAUCCACACUGGAGAGAAACCUUAUGAAUGUACACAGUGUGGAAAGGCUUUCACACAGAGGGGUAAUCUUGUUAGACAUCAGAGAAUCCACAGUGGAGAGAAACCUUAUGAAUGUCCACAGUGUGGAAAGGCUUUUACAGAGAAGGGCUCUCUUGCUGCACAUCAGAGAAUCCACACUGGAGAGAAACCCUAUGAAUGUACACAAUGUGGAAAGGCUUUCACACGGAGGAGUUAUCUUGUUAUUCAUCAGAGAAUCCACACUGGAAAGAAACCGUAUGAAUAUACGCAGUGUGGAAAACCUUUCAUACACAGGGUGAGUCUUACUAUACAUCAGAGAGUCCACACUGGAGAGAAACCUUAUGAAUGUAACCAAUGUGGAAAGGCUUUCACAGGGAAGAGCUCUUGCUGCACAUCAGAGAAUCCACACUGAAGAGAAACCCUAUGUACACUGUGUAGAAAGGCUUUCACACGGAGGAGUUAUCUUGUUAUACAUCAGAGAAUUCACACUGGAAAGAAACCUUAUGAAUGAAAUAAAAUUGGAGAAUCUUUCUCUUAAUGAUCCACAGUUGCUUCAUGUCAGAAAAUCCCCACUGGAGAGAAACCUCAUAAGUCAGGUCAAGCAUAUAGUUGCCACUCUUAUUUAACAUAAGAGAGAAACUUUAGGAAUAUGAUCAGUGUGGUAAGGCCUUCAGGCAAUCAUCAUCUCUUAUUCCCACGUGAGAAUUUAUUUUGGAUAGAAAUCUUACUCCUGUCAUGAAUGAAAAAAGACAUUGGAAUGGAGAGUCCAGAGCUCUUUCAGUAGGAGAAAAUGUCUUCUGAACAGAUCAGUUCCAGAUGGAUUCCCUGUAGGAAGGCUUUCAUCCAGAGAUCAUCUCUUAUUUCAUGUUGGAGGAUUCAUAGUACAACAAAACCAAAUGACUGUGCUCAAGUUUAUGUGUUUUCCUCAGGAUUCCUGGGAUCUUUGGGUUUAUCAUAGACUGUUUUACUGAUGUCACUUACACCAUGUCUAUUCCACUGAUCCUCCCUCCUGUCUCUUAGCCAAUACCAUAUUGUUUUGAUGACCACUGCUUUAUAGUACAUUUUGAGAUCUGGUACUGCUAGGCCACCUUUCACAUUUUUUUCAUAAUUUUUCUUGAUGUUCUUGAUCUUUUGUUCUUCCAAGUUGUAAUAGACACUCCCAUUUAAGAUAUUUAUGGUAGUAGAUAUGAGUUGGAGCAAUAGCACCAGAAAAUAAGAUAGAGGAAAGGCCAGGAUCUGCACUCCUUCUCUCCCACCUCACUUCCUCUUCCCCUCACAGUUGAUCCUAAUAGCUCUCCUCAGAUGGUAAGUUAUUAGCAAUUUCAAAAGGCUAAUCUCACACUAUAGUUCUUUUCUGAAAAUAGGGUUUAUUCUUGAAUAAGGAAAUUUAGGGAAGUGAAAGAAGGAAAGAGAGAAUAUCAGGUCUCCCUAACCUCCUAUGAAGUUCAAUACAGGGGAAAUGAAAUUAAUUGUCUAAGAGGGGAUAUCAUUGAUGAACUGAAAAGCCUCUUCAGAGCUAAACUGUUCUUCAAAGCUAAGCGCUACUCUUUUCAAUAUUGAGUCAACCAAUAGUCAGGAAUCCAGAGCAAGCCUGUUAGUCUUCCAGGGCAGAAGUUAUUUUCUUCAGCUGUUGACUUUCCAACUACCUUCUCCUCCUCAGAUUCUUUUUGGAAUUUUCCUUCUGUCUCAUUGAUUGUCAGUUCAUUCAACAUUCCAUUCCCUUGUAUUUCUUUGCCAAUCUCACUGGUGUUAUUCUAUUGAUUAUAAGAGGUUCAGGUGAUUCACAUGAUGAUUUGACUGUUGUUAACUUCUUCUAAUAAGAGCAUAAUCAGAUGACUUAAAGCAUGAAAAAUAAACAUUUCCUUGUAAUAAUUUAAAAUUAUAUCUCUCAUAAUAAAAAUAUUAUAUUUUUUGAGGUUUAUUAAAGAUCAUUAUAAAUCAAGGAAUAAAGAAGCUUCAAAAUAAAGACCACAUGCCCAUGGCUGAUCAACCUGUCCAAACACACACCUUACCACCACCAAUAUUGGGACAGGAAUUAAAGAGGUGGGACCUUCCACAUCGCCACCUAAUAUCCCCUAUCUACAGGAAGUACUCAAUGACAGGAAGUCAGUGGGCUCCCGGGAAAUGUAGUUCAUUUUUAGCGUAACAGAUUUUCAAUUGUAUAUUUCUCCUGAGAUCCAUGGAAGACUGGUCUCUCCAAUGGAUCUUGUAAAAAUAACCAACUUUGAAAUUACAAUAAUUUUGGGAUAAAAGGAAAAGAGAACAAAACCAAUGAUUGCUAGGUGCAUGGACAAAAAGCCAGUUAGGGGGAAGUCCCCUUUGGCAUAAGAGUAUACAUACAAAGCAAAUUCAUUCAACCCCACACAGUUCAAAUCACCACAUCCCAAAGUUCACUCUGGAUCUUCUGGUGCAGCAUCUUGUCUGUGCAGGCAUCUUAAUGGUGCCUUCUCCAAACAGUUCUCUUUCUGGAUUUGGAGAGGUAACCUGUUUCUCAUCCUUAAAUUACUCUCAAAAAGAAUUUAAAGUUUGCAAUUUAGAAUAAUAAUGAUAAUAAUACAUUCCCUCCUGAAGAGGGUGUUGAAAAACACAGGGUUCACUUAGGGAUGCAUGGCUGAGUUAUGAGGUAUAUGAAUCAAUUCGCAAGAGAAAUAAAAAUAUUUUAAAAAUCCAAAUUAAAAAAGUAUAUUGGAUGAAAU